AUGUUUCAAUUGCUUUAAUGGUUUCAUUCUCAAGGAAUUAUAACAGAACAUAUAAGAAUCUAACAAAUUACAUAAACAUCAUAUGGUGUCUUAGCUUCUCAAUCCAUCCCUCCUAAUCAAGUAUCAUACAUUAAUAUUUAUAUUUAAGACCAUCAUUACUAUUCCUCUUCAUCUAUGUAUUUUCAGUGAUGACCUUUUGAAUAAUCAUUACUCAAGAUACAAGAAAUAUUAUCCUCAUAUAUUCAAUAUCCAACUUAAUGAAGAUGCUGAAUUCAACACUCUUGUUUUAUACAUGUAUAAAUAUUAUUAUCUUUUCAAAGAUUGCUCUAAAAAGAUAAUUAAUCCUCCCUACAUAAACCUUAUUUUGAUUAUGUCAAAUAACCUUAAAAUGUAUUAUCUUGGAAUCAAUAAUAAGUUGAUCUUAUAUUAGAUCUUAACCUUAAGAAAACUAUACAAAAAAUGAGAAUUGGUUUAGAAUUAAAUUUUUCAAGGUUUGUUACUUUUUUUAAAGAAUAAUUUAAAAAGGAACUUUCUUAUGAUCUAUUUUUAUAUGCCUAUCAAUUUGUAAUGACCAGAUGUUUUGGUGGAGACCAUCAUCUUCAAUCUUCAUGUUUAGUUCCUUUUGGAGAUAUGCUUAAUCACCAUGAUAAAUGUCAAACUAAAUAAAAAAUCAUUGGAACGAAUCUAGUCUUUAUUACUACCAAACCAAUCAAAGAAAAUGAAGAAAUUUAUAAUUUCUUUGGAGAACAUGGGAAUAGCUUUUUACUUUGUUGGUAUGGAUUUACUUAUGAUGACAACAUUUAUGAUAAAAUAUAUUUAUCCUACGAAGAUGACUAGAUUAAAGAAGUUAGUUGCUAUGAAUUUACUAAAUCAAAUUUCAAAUUAAAAUAUUACAAAGUUUGCUAAAGUAUCGAUAAAAUUCAUCUUUAUUUUAGAAUUGCUAACUCUAGUAGGACCUUCUAAAUUUAAAUAAGUAAUAAUGCAAGUUUAAUCUAUUACCGAACAGUAAUUAAAAAAUUAGCCAAAUUUAUUGA